UCUGCGUAUUUAACAGCGGCCAGCAACCUCGACGGUUCCCCGUCACACCGGUGCAUGGAGCAGCCGUGCAACGAAUUCACCUGCCGCCUGAUCUGCGUUUGUGUGUGCCAGCCUGAGCAGCUACCGGCGACUUUCUGGCGACUCUGAACAGUGUUCACCGGGUAAAAUGGCGGACUGUCCGCUGCAGUCUGCGGGCUAGUUAACAGCACAGCGGUCCAUCUCUGAGCCACCAUCUGGGCUGAGCUUAAAACCGGUUCUUCAGUUUAUGUCUGUUGGAGGCCAGCUUUUCAGUGUCUAAUACACGUUACCGACCCCGGGAUAGACACUGGUCACAGCCCGCAGAGUUAGCCGAGGCAAGUUAGCCACGGAGCUAGUUAGCGGGAUAAUGCUAAUCCCUCGCAGUUAGCGAGCGGGAGACGAUUUUAAACUUUUACUGAAGUCUCAACGAAACUUGGAUUUUUCUCUCACUGAAGACCGGGAGGAGCGGACCCUGACAGCAGCGUCAUGGCAUCCGAACCCGCGGUGCUGCAGCCCCGCUGGAAGCGCGUAGUGGGCUGGACCGGCCCGGUUCCGCGGCCCCGGCACGGACACAGAGCCGUGGCCAUCAAGGAGCUGAUGGUGGUGUUCGGCGGAGGGAACGAGGGGAUAGUGGACGAGCUGCACGUCUACAAUACAGCCACCAACCAGUGGUUCAUCCCUGCGGUGCGUGGUGAUGUCCCCCCUGGCUGUGCCGCCUACGGCUUCGUGUGUGAUGGGACAAGGCUGCUGGUGUUCGGAGGGAUGGUGGAGUACGGCAAAUACAGCAACGACCUGUAUGAGUUGCAGGCGAGUCGCUGGGAGUGGAAACGUCUGAAGGCCAAAGCUCCAAAGAAUGGACCCCCCCCCUGUCCUCGCCUCGGACACAGCUUCUCUCUGAUUGGCAGUCGCUGUUACCUGUUUGGAGGACUGGCCAACGACAGCGAGGACCCCAAGAACAACAUCCCCAGGUACCUGAAUGACCUGUACUCUUUGGAGCUGCGUCCAGGCUCCAGUGUGGUCGGCUGGGAGAUCCCGAUGACGUUGGGUCAGCCGCCGCCGCCCAGAGAGAGUCACACGGCCGUGGCAACGACUGGCCGCACGGCCAACAAACUGAUCAUCUACGGUGGGAUGAGCGGCUGCAGACUGGGAGACCUAUGGGUCCUAGACAUAGACUCUCUGACUUGGAGGAAACCAGCCCUCAGUGGAAUGGCCCCCCUCCCCCGCAGCCUGCACUCCGCCACCACCAUCAACAACAAGAUGUAUGUGUUUGGAGGUUGGGUUCCUCUGGUGAUGGAUGAUGUUAAAGUGGCGACUCAUGAGAAAGAGUGGAAGUGUACCAACACACUGGCCUGCCUCAACCUGGACACCCUGUGUUGGGAGACAGUCGUGAUGGAAAAUCUGGAAGAGAACGUCCCCAGAGCUCGAGCAGGUCACUGCAGCGUGUCCAUCAACUCCAGACUCUACAUCUGGAGUGGCAGGGACGGAUACAGGAAGGCCUGGAACAACCAGGUGUGCUGCAAGGACCUUUGGUACCUGGAGACAGAGCGUCCCUGUGCUCCCUCUCGGGUGCAGCUGGUCCGGGCCAACACGUCGUCUCUGGAGGUGAGCUGGGGGCCAUCACAGACCGCAGACACUUACCUACUGCAGGUGCAGAAGUACGACAUCCCUGCUACACCUGCAACUACCUCACCUGCCUCCAGCCCAGCCCCCAACCCUGUCCCCACUGCCACACCUGGAGCCAGUUCCCCCAAAAGCCCCAUCGCCAUGGCACCUGCGACCCAGGCCAUCCCAUUGUCUGGCAUCACGCUGCUCCCCUCCCCCACUGCCUCCAUACCUGGAAGCCCAUUGGCUGCUGCCAAAGCACCAGCUGUCCUGAAGGUGGCAGCAGCUGCAGGUGCAGUGGGAGGAGCCUCUGUCGUCACAGUGAGACAGGCCGCGCCCAAAUCCCCGGUUGCUGUGACGACACUUCCUGCAGGUGUUCGUAUGGUGGUACCUGCUCAGCCCGGACAGGGGACGCCAAUAGGCAGCGGUUCUCAGAUGAGUGGUAUGGCGGCGUUGGCGGCAGCGGCUGCAGCAACUCAGAAGAUCCCUCCGUCCUCGCCGACUGUGCUGAACGUCGCUGCAGGAGCCACGAUUGUAAAGACGGUGGCUAUCAGUCCAGGAUCCAACAGUCUGCCAGUCAAAGUGGCUGCUCCUGUUACCAUGGUGAGCAACCCGGCCACUCGGAUGUUAAAGACAGCUGCUGCUCAGGUGGGCGGGGCCUCAGUAGUCUCCACUCCAGGGACCCCCACCCGACCAAUCAUCACAGUCCAUAAGUCGGGCACAGUGACAGUGUCCCAACAGGCCCAGGUGGUCACCACGGUAGUGGGCGGAGUCACAAAGACCAUCACUCUCGUUAACAGUCCACUUAGUGUGGGAGGAGGCGGGGCUCUGAUUGGUAACCUCAGUAACCUGGGGAAGGUGGUGUCCAUGGUCCAAACCAAACCAGUUCAGAGUGGAGCGGUUACUGGUCAGGCUGGGAGCAGCCCUGUCACCCAGAUCAUCCAGACAAAGGGCGGCCUCCCAGCAGGAACCAUCCUGAAACUGGUGACGUCAGCAGAUGGUAAACAGACUACCAUCCUCAGCGCCACACAGGCCGGAUCCACACCAACCAAACCCACCAUCCUGGGCGUCUCCCCGACAUCCUCCAAACCCGGAACCACCAUCUUCAAAACCAUCCCAGUGUCUGCGUUGCAGGGGGGAGCAGGUGGUAGCAGUCCAAUCACCAUCCUGACCACCAAAAUGGUAACUCCAGGAACUGUGGGAAAGAUCAUCACCACUGUCCCCAAAAUCACUGCAGGCGGCCAGCAGGGGGUCACACAGGUGGUGUUGAAAGGAGCUCCAGGUACACCUGGUACUAUCCUCAGGACCGUCCCAAUGAGCGGAGUCCGACUGGUGUCACCAGGAGCUGUCGGCUCCAAAUCCACCGUCAUGGUCGUCAAGGCAACCACAGGUGUGUCCAGUCUGGGAACAGUAACAGGAAGUGUCUCCACCACGAUGGCCGGUGGAGCUGUUGCUGCUGCCAACGCCUCACUAGCAACACCUAUCACCACCCUGGCAUCCAUUGCUUCACUGGCCAGCCAGGUUACCACGGCAACUGCUACUUUAGCAGGACCAAAACAGGUGACUCUGAUCACGACUCCCAGCGGUGCUGAAGCUCAGCCUCUGGUCCAGGAUCUACUGGUCCAGGAUCUGCCCGUCUCCAUCAUGGCUUCUCCUACUUCAGAAGAACCUGGAAGUACUACAAGUACUGCUACUACUACCACUGUAGAGGGGUCAGCUGGAGGUACUUCAACUACUACAGUGACGCUGGUCUGCUCCAACCCGCCUUGUGAGACCCACGAGACAGGGACGACCAACACCGCCACCAUUGCCACAGCAGCAAUCGGCAGUGACGACAGAGUCUGCUCCAACCCACCUUGUGAGACCCACGAGACAGGGACGACCAACACCGCCACCGUUGCCUCCACCAACAUGAGCCAAGAGCUGCAGGUGAGCUCUAUCCAGCCUCCAGCUCAGCAGUCUGCUCCUCCCCUUCCUGUCAGUCUGAAUGGAGGAAACACCUGCUCAAAUCCACCAUGUGAGACUCAUGAGACAGGAACCACCAACACCGCUACCACAGCAGGAGCUGGAAGACUCAGACAGGUGGGUUCAAAUCCACCAUGUGAGACUCAUGAGACAGGAACCACCAACGCCGCUACCACAGCAGGAACUGGAGGACUCAGACAGGUGUGUUCAAAUCCACCAUGUGAGACACAUGAGACAGGAACCACCAACACCGCUACCACAGCAGGAGCUGGAGGACUCAGACAGGUGUGUUCAAAUCCACCAUGUGAGACACAUGAGACAGGAACCACCAACACUGCUACCACAGCCACAGCUCAGCAGGGUGGAGACGGUCUGCAGGUAGACUCCACAAACCCAGUCUCCUCCUCUGACUCCGCCUCCUCCACCACAACCAGUCAGAGCAGAGCUGUUACCACGGUUACACAGGCAACGCCCACACCUGGACCAUCCAUACCUGAGAUAUCCUCAUUGGUCGGAGAUGACAGGGCGGAGUCUUCUGAGACAGUGGCUGUCGCCAUGGUGACAGCAGCUGCAGAGGUGGUGGAGAAGCCUUUGCAUACUGACAGCCAUUCUGAGGCUGUGAUGUCAUCAGUAUCGUCAGUGUUGCAGGUUCAUGUGGAGGACAGCGAGGCAGCAGCACAGAUAGGGACAUCGGACAGUGGUCUUCCUCAGGAGCUGAUGUCAUCAGAAGGGGACCUAGGUGAGGUGGUAUCCGGGACGACAACCCUCAUGACGACAGGACUGACCCCAGAUCAGCUGACUGUGACGGAGGAAGCAGCUCAGCAGGCGACAAUACAGGCUGUACUGCAGGCAGCGGGACACAUUGGUGAAGCAGAGGUGGAUCAGUCCAUCCCCAUCGUUCUGACACAGCAGGAACUGGCAGCUCUGGUCCAACAGCAGCUGCAGGACAUCCACAACCAACCAGAACCUGCAGAACCAGAAUCACAGCACAGCAAUGUGCCCACAGAGGGCCUGGCUCCAGCAGACAGCCUCAAUGACCCUGCAGCAGAGAGUAACGGGCACGAGCUCACAUCAUCAGCAGUAACGAGCGCCGUUGCCCGAUUGGCCAGCACGUUCAGCCCCGCCCCUGCUCUGACAGUUGGUCCAACUAAAAUCCAAGCUGCUGCCACAGUGACAGAGGUGACCAAUGGCAUCGCAGCAACCACAGGGGGGGUCCAGAUGAAGUCUUCGGUGAGGGACAAUCGGUGGUGUGAUGUCGGCAUUGUCAAGGUUACCAACAUGGUGGUCUCUCACUACUACGUCCCGUACGACGACAACAUGGCCGACGACGACUCAGGUGUGAUGCCGGACUACAGUCAAAUGAGGAGGGUGGAGCUGCAGCCGGGGACGGCCUACAAGUUCCGUGUUGCAGGGAUCAACAUCUGCGGCCGUGGAGCGUUCUCCGAGGUGUCGGCGUUUAAGACGUGUCUGCCUGGUUUCCCUGGAGCACCCUGCGCCAUCAAGAUCAGUAAGAACCUGGACGGAGCUCAGCUCACCUGGGAGCCUCCUGCUGUCACAUCGGGGAAGAUCAUGGAGUACUCCGUAUAUCUGGCCAUCCAGUCCAGCCAGGCCACCUCCGGUUCAGGUUCUGUUCCUGCCCAGCUGGCCUUCAUGAGGGUCUACUGUGGUCCCAACCCGUCCUGCCUGGUCCAGGCCUCCAGCCUCGCUAACGCCCACAUCGACUACACCACCAAACCCGCCAUCAUCUUCCGCAUCGCUGCUCGCAACCAGAAGGGAUACGGGCCGGCAACGCAGGUCCGGUGGUUACAAGAAACCAGUAAAGAUGCCAAACCAGCAGUGAAGAGACCAGGACCUUCUCCUGACUUUAAACCUGUAGGACCAAAGAAGUUCAGAACCCACCAAUAGGAGGAGCCCACUGCUGCUGAGGACGGUGAUUGGCUACCGUUGUCUCGAGCUCCACCCAGCAGGUGGUUACCAUCAUGAGGAGGAGACUGGGCUCUGACAGCUUCCUGUCUCACAGGAAACAAACAAAAUAAAAGACUUGUAGGAUAUUUGUACAUUAUCGACCAAUCAGGACUCAGUUCUUCUACAGUUUUUUUUUUUUUAUUGUUUGUUUUUUGUUUUGUUUUGUUUUUUUUCAUGGAGAAAGCGAGGGGUGGAGACAACAGCUUUUCACCUUCAGAUGGAAACAAUAAAGUUUGAGUUUAUAUGAAUUGUAGUUCUGUCUGUCAGACGUCAAUUUAAACAUCAAAUGUCACACACCCAUCAGGGGGCGGAGUUUAAACCUACUCUCUAAAUUAUUUUCUUCCUGUAAUUUUUCUUUUUUAUAAACAUCUGUAAGAACAGUUUCUUCUUCUGUUGCUGAAGCGUUCAGCUGCCAUCAGAGCGUCUCAUUGGUCGGUGGAUUUCCAGCUGUUUGUCAAUAUUCUCUGGA